UUCUGUACGUAAAUCUGUAAGUAAAUCCGAGACACUACUUUUCGUAUGAUAUGUUACAUUUGGUAUAGUUACAUCAUUUUACGGUGGAUCGGUGGCCAUAUAACACCAACGUCUAGCAACCCAAAGGUUGAGAGUUCAAAUCUCAUCAUGGGCAACGUUAGCAUUUUAGCUAAUUAACAACUUUUCAACUAUUACUACUUUUUAGCUACUCUGCAAACUAUUUUGCAUGUCAACUAAACCUUCCCCGAACCCUAACCCUAACCUUACCCUUUAACCAACUCCUAAACUUAACUUUAACCCGUACCCCUAGCCUAGCUAACGUUAGCCACCUAGCUAGUUUUUGUAACAUGUCAUAUGUUUUGCAAAUUUUUUAAAUAUCAUACGUUUUGCAAAUUCGUAAUCGAUUGUAGGUUUCACAAAUUUGUAAGAUAAUGUACGUUUUGCAAAUUCAUAACAUAUAAAACGAAUUGUAAUUUGUAACAUAUCAUUGAUGGACAUCCACAAAUUAGUACAUAAAAUGCGAAAUCUCAGAUUUAUGUACAUAAAAUACGAAAUCUCAGAUUUAUGUACAGAAUAAUACGAAAUCCUCUGAGACCAGGUUGGUUUAUUACAUUUCUAAAUGACUCUUAUUGCUGUCUCCCUUGCUCAAAUCAGUUACUGUUAUAUUGUUACACAUAGUCUCUGACAUUGCUCAUUCUGAUCUUUCUUCAUUUCAACUUUUUUUUUUUUGGGGGGGGGGGAUUAUGUGUGUAUUGUUUUUUUAAAUUAUUAUUGCUAGCUAUUAGGCCUACUGCCCUGUUGGAGCUAGAAACGCAAGCAUUUCGCUGCACCUGCGAUAACAUCUGCAAAUCUGUGUACCCAACCAAUAAAAUUUGAUUUGAUGAACUGACUACGCUAAAUUAACAGUGUAUUACUGUGUAAUUAUUCUUGUAGUGUAGCCUAUCAGGAAUUGGGCUAAUUAUGUUACAUUGUUACACUCUAGGUCUACUUAAGAACAAUGUAAAAAGCCUAAUUACAAUUAUAGUCUGUGUUGUAUCCUACCUACAAGUAGGCCUAAUAAGAACCCAGUAAGGCUAGAACAAAAGGUUUAUCCAGUAUAUUUUUCAAAAACUUAAAUAGAAAAAAUAGCUAUCCUACAUUUGAUUAUGACUACAUUUAUAGAUUUAGCCUACCCAAAUUGCCCCUUGCCAUUAAAAUAGAUCAAUCCUAAAUAGGCUAUAAUAUGCCCUAUAUAAAUCUAUGUGUAAAAAAAAUGAUAUUGGAUGGCGCAGGAUGGCGCCAAAGGGUGUGUUUCAAAGUGUAUCAAUCGCCCCCCAUCCCCCCUCCCCGCCCCAGCUUCUGUACUCUCUCUCUCUCACACCCACACACACACACACUUGGUGAAUGUGUUGCUCAGUAAAAAUAAAUAAAUAAAGCAUGAAAUUCUGUGAUAGGCCUAUGAAUACACUUUAUUUUUAUUGAAUAAUGUCCAACCAGCCUAGGCUACAUCUACGCGGGUUCUUCUGACGUCAUCCCGGUAUAUUCCCUUUCGCUAAUAAAACAUUUUCUCAGUGAGUUCUUUGCUGCGGUAGCCACUCGCGUGAUGGUGACCAAUGAAUCGCAUUACAUUUGACAAUGUAUUACAAACCAAGCUUGUUAACCGGAGUCUGUUUAUCCUAUUAAUCUACUCUAUCCCAUUAACCUGCUGAUUUGGCACCGGUGGGUGGAUAACUGGCCUACCGGGACUGGUCAUUUGGAAGUUGUGGAAAAGACAAAGGUAUCAAUUUAGUUGGGAGGAAAUUACCAUUGUGAUUUGAUGGAUACUCAAUGCAUUAUUAAUAACGGAUUAAUAGGCAUUAUAAGAAUGGUUCCAAUGAAAUAGUGUUAAUCUUAUGAGAUCAUAUUUGACCAAAGACCUGAUGAAGGAAUUUGCCAGGACCAGCAUGACUACAGCGGGGAUGGAUCUGCGUUUGCUGAGAGCGCCCCAAACAACCAUCGCAAUUUUGCCAACUCUGAGCUUCACGGAAAAUGACACCAGCUGCGGGGAGCAGAUUCUUAGCCACGGGAAUGUGGAGAAGGUGCUCAUUGGAGGAGUUCUCACUGUGCUCACUUUGUUCACUAUUUGCGGGAACUUACUAGUGGUGAUAUCCGUGUGCUUUGUGAAGAAGCUGAAACAGCCCUCCAAUUAUCUAAUUGUCUCUCUGGCCGUGGCAGACCUGUCCAUAGCCGUGGCGGUGAUGCCCUUUGUCAGCAUCACGGACCUCAUCGGGGGGCAGUGGAUCUUCGGACAGGUGUUCUGCAACGUUUUCAUUGCCAUGGACGUGAUGUGUUGCACUGCUUCGAUCAUGACCCUGUGUGUAAUAAGCAUAGACAGGUACCUAGGCAUAACGAAACCCUUGACCUACCCUGUGCGACAGAGUGGGAGAUGCAUGGCCAAAAUAGUUCUGUCUGUGUGGCUGCUGUCUGCUUCCAUCACCCUGCCCCCGUUGUUCGGCUGGGCCCAGAACGUCAACGAUGACAAGGUGUGUCUGAUCACCCAAGACGUGGGCUACACCAUCUACUCCACCGCCGUUGCAUUCUACAUCCCCAUGUCGGUGAUGUUGAUGAUGUACUACCGCAUCUACCGAGCAGCCAAGGUGAGCGCCGCCAAGCACACCAUCCAAGGCUUCCCCAAGGCGGAGGACGAGCGCAACAGUGUUGACUGCGUGGCAGCGGCCCUGAAACUCCAGAAGGAGGUGGAGGAGUGUGCCAGUUUCUCUCGUCUGCUGAAGAACGACAGGAAAAACAUCUCCAUCUUCAAGCGGGAGCAGAAGGCGGCCGCCACGUUGGGGAUCGUUGUGGGGGCCUUCUCUGUCUGCUGGCUGCCCUUCUUCCUGAUGUCCACGGCCAGGCCCUUCAUCUGUGGGGUAGAGUGUAGCUGCGUUCCCCUCUGGGUGGAACGGUUUCUCCUCUGGCUGGGCUACGCCAACUCCCUCAUCAACCCAUUCAUCUAUGCCUUCUUCAACAGGGACCUGAGGACCACCUACCGUAACAUCUUGCUCUGCAGGUACAGGAGCAUUAACCGCAAACUCUCCGCCGCCAGCAUGCACGAGGCCAUCAAACUGGCUGAGAGACCAGAUCUGGAGAUCUAGAACAGUGUUUCUUAAACUUCUCUAACACUUUGCUACACAAGGACCGGCAAACUAUGGUUUAGAUCAGGGUGCCAAACAUACGACUGCGGCCUGUGGGUGGUUUGAGUAAAAAAACAACCUCAAUGUAGUGAUAAUGGACCUACAUUUUUACAGUCUCUUUACUAUGUCCAUCUUGUUAACAAUCCUCGAAACGAAAGCCUAAGAGUCAGGGAGCAACAGUCAGGGAGCAUCAAAAUUACAAAAAUGAGGCGCAAAAUGAGUUUGACAAACCUGGUUUAAAUGAAAACUUGGGCUUGACAUAUGACUAAAUUGGAGCAGAUAACCAUCUGUGGUCCACAGGUCCACAGACCAUGGGUUGAAAAAACUACUCUAGACUGAGGAAUCCUAUUCAGUUUAUGAGGAGAGAAGGCUAUAUGCAUGUGCAUAGAAUAACUGACAUUAUUGUUCAUACCUGGCACACACAAGAACAUUAGAUCCACAUCUUGUCAGGUUAUACACAGUACAUUUUGCAGUGUUCAUUUCACUUAAAGAGUUCAUUUUAACACUACCUCAGAUAACAUAUAGUCCCACUCUACAGAGUGUAAAAAGUACUUUGAUUGUAGUGUUACAUUUGGAGUGUUAAUGUAACAAUUCAUAUUAUAAAAUAUUAACAUUUCAUUACACGUGCCACUGUUACAGUAAGUGAUUUUGGGUGUUGUUUUAACACUAUUUGGUGUAAAGACUAAUUUGCAUAUUUCCCAUUGUGCCUUUUCUUUUCAAUUGAAUUGUAGCGUUACCACCCACGACUGUAUUUGUUAGUGACAAAGACAUGGUUGUUGAAUUCUUUCCUCUUAAAGACCUGCUAUAAUAAAAAAAUUAACUUUAUGACAAUACAUUACAUAUAUCAUAAGGCUUUAAUAUGAUGGCCUAGUUUUACGCUAACAAAUCCUGGUUUACAAAUUACAGGCCACAUCAGGCCUGCAAGUCCAAUUACGCUGACUGGCAAAGUCAUGUGUAAUUCCUUUUUUAAAUUCAGCCAGUUAGGAUAUCCAACAGUUGGAAUUUCUAUUUACCCUCAACCUGCAUUCAGAAUGACUACCAGGGUUAGCAACCUGGUCUCAGAGCAUUUCGUAUUAUUCUGUAUGUAAAUCUGAGACACUCCAUUUAGUAUGAUAUGUUACGUUUGAUAUGGUUACAUAAGAUAGAUGGUUACUUAAUGCAAAAACAAAAGGACGGUGGUUGGUCGGGGUGGUUGAGUGGGCGUAUAACACGGGAUGAGUGGGCGUAAAACAUGAACAUCAGGCAACCUAAACAACUUUGCAACAGCUUGUUGCAACAAAUGGCUAUAAUAUUUGCAACAAAUGUUAGCUAACCCUUCAGCAAACCCUAACACUAACUUUGACCCUUUAAUCUAACUCCUUAACCCUAACCCCUAGCCUAGUUAAUGUUAGCAAGCUAGCUAACGUUAGCCACCUAGCUAGAAUUCAUAACAUAUCAUACAUUUUUCAAAUUUGUAACAUCUGGUAAAUUUUUGAAAUUCGCAACAUAUAAUACGAAUUGUAAUUUGUAACACAUAAUAUGAAAUGGGUGAUGGACAUCCACAAAUGAAUACAUAACAUAUGGAACGCAACCUAUCAUACCAAAUGUGUGCCUCAAAUACAGAAUAAUACAAAAGAGUCAAAUCAAAUUUCAUUUGUCACAUUCAUAUGUUUAGCAAAUGUUAUUGCGGGUGUAGCAAAUUGCUUGUGUUUGGUCUUAAACCAGGUUGGGGUUAAGAGAUCUAAAAAAAAAAGGACACUAACUAAACCAUAUAGACCGGAACAACCAUUUCACUACUGGGUGCAAUAAAUUAAACUAAUUGAUUGGAUUAGUUUAGAAACAUGUAUGUUAUUUAUCUUUGUAUAACAUAAGAUUCAUCAAUCAAUCAAUGUACAUGGGAUGGUGGUUCAAUGUACAAUCCACAAAAAAACUGCCUGCAUAGCAUGCUGGGAAAUAUGAUAAUGAUGGUUGUGGUUUUGAUGGGACUGUUUUACUCUCCACAGUGUAAAACAAUAACUCUGGUCAUUAACACCAACACUGGGGUUCUUUUACACCAAUGAGUGUUAAUUUCACUCUAACAGAGGGAAUUUAAAGGUGCAUUAUGCAGAAAUUGCUCCACCUUUUCCCGGUUGCUAAAAAUAUUGUGUUUGAAGCUGGGGAACAAAACAAUGUAAAAAACAAAAAACAAAACUUAAAAAUGGGAAGCAUAAAAAUAUUUGAUCAUGUCGCCCAACAAGUUACAUGUCCCAGCUUUAAGUCCUGAAACUAUUGUGUGCUGUAGCUUGGAAAAUAAAUAAAUAUGACUCUGGAUGACAAUAUAAUGAUGUUUGUUUCCAACAUUAGGGCUGUUUUCCUAAAACAGUUAAAUACGGUUUGUGUUUUGUUUCCUUGCCAAGAUACUAACGAGUAUUGUGAUACUAGUAUCGUCCCAGCCCUAACUGAAAUGCACAUAACAUUUGUAGAUAACAUAGCACACUAUUGUAUUUGAUGACAGGGCAAAUAAUAGUCUACGACUGUGACAGGACAAAAUGAUGCUGUCAUGUUAUUUUGUUUUAUAUAUCUCUGUGUAUUUGGUACUUGAAGUUGAAAUCAUUCUCAGUGCAUAAAGUUCGUGUGAGUAAUGUACGAGUAAAAAAAAGUCAUAUUUUAACAACAUCGACACAGAUGGUGAGUCAUCCUUCCAGUUGUGUAUUGAGUAACAGGUAAAUUAUUGUGUGUUCAAGGAACAACCUUCGAAACCAUGUGAAAUUGUAAUUAUUAUGUAUAGAAUGUUGACCAUUAUCAGAAAGUCAUGCAACACAUUCAUGUUAGUAACCUACUUAUAGCUGAAUAGUAUGACAGUUGUUGAUCUGGACGUUUGGUUAAAUUUACCAUGUACGUUUGUUCAUUUGUUCAUUUAUAUCAGCUUUUUUCGACUUGUGUGAUAACACGAAGGAACACGUUGCACAGUAUUUACUGAUGUGUUGAUUAACAUUUUUGGUAGCGUUCAUUUUUUUUGCCUCAUAGUUUUUACGUUGAAAUGGUUUAUAUUUUACAUCAAUACACUAAGUCAAUACAUCAUG